AUGAACAGUCCAGGGAAAAGUAAGGAUAACAUCAAUUCAAGGCGUGACUUAGAGCUUUUGGGCUAUAGAAAAGAAUUACACUUGAUAUGGCAUGGUGAUCGUGUAACAAUGCCACAUGCACAGUACACAUUAAACGUCGAGCAAAGGAAUAAAUUUUGUGAGUGGUUGUCUGAUAUCAAAUUUCCAGAUGGGUUCACUUCCAAUAUCUCGAACUGUGUAUCUCGACGUGACUGCAAAAUCUCAGGGUUGAAAAGCCAUGACUGUCACGUUUUCCUUCAAAGACUACUCCCUAUUGCUGCUGGGGGGUAUUUAAGAAGUGACAUUGGCUUGGCUUUGACUGAACUUGGUACUUUCUUCAAAGAGUUGUGCGCUCGAACACUCGAUGUCAACCGCCUGGCCCAACUCCAAAUUGAUGUUGUCACCAUUCUAUGCAAACUGGAGAUGAUAUUCCUUCCUUCCUUUUUCGAUGUUAUGGUCCACCUAGCUGUCCAUUUACCCCGUGAGGCCAGACUUGGGGGUCCAGUACAAUAUACGUGGAUGUACCCAUUUGAGAGGUAUCUCGACAAAUUCAAGCGGUAUGUUAAGAAUAAAGCCCGCCCAGAAGGUUCAAUAGCCGAGGCUUACAUUCACACCGAAUGCUUGACAUUCUGCUCCAUGUAUCUCAAAGAUAUUGAGACAAGGUUUAGUCGACCGGACCGCAACAUUGAUGCUGACGAAGAGGAAACGUUAGAUGGGUUCAAAAUUUUCAACCAGAAAGUUCGUCCCUUGGGUAUGCCUUCGAAUGUGCAAUUAGAGGAUAAACUAUUUAGGGCAGCCAUCUGGGAACACUACGAGAAAUGUAAGGUUCAACACCCAGAUUGCAUCGAGCGCACGCACCAAACUGAGUUCCCAACUUGGUUUAAGCAACGUAUCCAGGAACAUCGUACCUCGUAUACACUUGAUGUGUCCGCUGAUCUGUACGCGUUAGCUUGCGGGCCUGACCGUUGGGUUGCAACAUAUGCUGCUUGCAUAAUACAUGGAAAAAGGUUUCAUACGAAACAGCGUGAACUUCGCCGUCGUACACAAAAUUCUGGAGUGGUGGUAACUGGUGAUGAGGCCACAAAUAAUUUGGACUUCUAUGGAGUUAUUAAUAAUAUUGUAGAGUUACGCUACAUGGAGUGGCGUCGGGUGUACCUGUUUGAAUGCGAUUGGUUUGAUGUUGGUGAUCGAAAACGAGGGGUGCGGGUGGAUGACCAUAUGAUUAGUGUCAACAUAAACAGGACUUGGUAUAAGGAUGAACCAUUUGUGUUGGCGAGUCAGGCUGAUCAAUGUUUCUACAUAAGAGAUUUAAGGGCGAAAGGGAAUUGGGGUGUUGUGCAGAACUAUGCAAAUAGGAAUGUAUACAACAUUCCGCCACAACCGAGAGUUCUUGAAGUACUUGAUGGGGAAUCAAGUACUCCUGAUGCCGAUCAAGAAGAUGAGCCAUCAUAUUAUUAUGAACCAGUGCAGUGUGAUAACACAGAUCAAGUGGCAACUCAACUGAAUAGGCCUGAUAUACUACCUAGCCAUGUAGAUGCACUGAAAUCAUGGAUCCGGUUGGUCAAUGCAUAG